AUAACAGGUUCAGUGGCCAUGGCCAAAGUCGGAGGGGUGGUCUCUGGCACCAUCCUAGGCCUUUCAUCACAGGGGCUCACUCUGUUAUCUCAGUCUUCCCUGGGCCCUGCUGCAUCGACCCUUGGCCCUGUGCUGGGGGCACUGAAGGUUGGCUCCUUCCUCUCGGGGUGCCCUGCUGCCGCCAUGGCUGUUUGCCCAGUUGGAGCCAAGACUGCCGCUGUUGCACUUGGGGGAGCCAUGGCCGUGGCUGCUGUGCCCACCGUGCUGGGUGCUGUGGGCUUCACUGGGGCAGGAAUCGCAGCCUCUUCCCUAGCAGCCAAGAUGAUGUCGGUGUCGGCCAUUGCCAAUGGGGGCGGAGUCGCAGCAGGUGGCCUGGUGGCCACCCUGCAGUCAGUGGGAGCAACUGGACUCUCCCUGUCAUCCAAAAUCCUCGUGAGUUCUGCGGGGUCCGCUCUCGUGGCCCGUGCUAUAGGCCUCUGAGAAUUCCAGCCCUCCUUCCCACAGAGAAGAGAACAUGAGAACAGAAGUGACCCUGUCCAGUUUGCCCAAGAGAGGGACCAGUCAGUCAUCGGGAGCAGUCUUUCCAUGCUGUAUGCCCUGGAGAAAAGAAGGAAUAAAAACAAGUUGUUACUCUCCUG